AUGACUUACUCUAUACCACUUAAGUGUUUUAGGUCGCCUAUUAAACGAAUUGCACUUGAAGUUGUGGCUAAACGAGCAUUUUACCCUCGUAAUCCUGCACCAAGUACCAUUUUCUGGACAACUCGACCUCACCACUACUGUGUGCUACUGUUACUCAACAAAACUCAUCCCCAGCAUAGUAGAGACCCUAACAAAUCCAGGGAUAUGAUUGGCUAA